AUUCAUCAUGGCAGUCAUGAGAGCUCUAAUUCUUCUUUUCUUGGUCUUUUCUGUUGAGAGUGCACCAGAAGACUGCCCGUAUGGAUGGACACCUUUUGGUGUGAAAUGCUACAAAUUCUUCUCUCAGUCAGUUAACUGGGUCACAGCUGAGAAAAACUGUCAAUCUGUUGAUGCCAAUCUCGCAUCUGUGCGCAGUACAGUUGAACACAACUUUCUCCUGAGUCUGAUUGUGCCUCCUACCACAUCUACUUGGGUUGGUGGCCAUGAUGGUGAAAUUGAAGGACAAUGGUUGUGGUCUGAUGGAUCUCAGUUUGUCUUUACCAACUGGUGCUCUCCACAACCUGACAGUUAUGCUGGUCGUGAGAACUGCAUGGAGAUAAACAUUAGUGCUACGCAUUGCUGGAAUGAUGCGCAGUGUUCAACGACAAUGGGCUACAUUUGUGCCAAAUCUCUGCAAUCUUAAAAAAAAUCAAUCUGUUUCAAAACUACUAUUGUACUACAUGCCUAUACAUUUUUUCUGAUCUUAUCUUUAAAAUCUUUCAAAUAUCUCUGAAAUUAUCUUAAAAAAUGACCGAACCUUUGUGAAAACUUCUUAAAUAACAAAUUUUGUGCAUUGUAGAGUCAUAAUUUUAUUUCAUUCAUGUAAAAUGUAAAGGUUAUUUUUAUAAUAAAACUAGAAAACAAUAUCUAUAUCUGGGCAAUGCUUAAACAAAUUUACCAAAUGACACUAAUAUCUGAUUGUUAGAUAGUUAGUCCUACAGUUAACUUGCUGUCAUGUUUUCACAUAAUCAUUUCAAGAGAAAAAUUCAUCAUCAAAUUAAAUAAUAUAAAACAAAA